AUGGACUCUACAUACCAAAACCAAAUUCAAAGAUUAACUUCAAGAAUUGAUGAAGCAAUUGAAUCUUCCUUAUUAAAACAAGAUAAAUACAAAACUGAUACAAUUGAGGAGAUUAAAAGAUCGAUACUUACUCUACCAUUAUCUAAUGCCACCGAAGACAAUAAUCAUCAUGUAAGUAUUGAAACAAAGGAAUUUGAAUUAAAUGAGCUAUUAUUACAAUUAAAAGAACAGAGAAUUUCCAAUGAAACUAUUGAUAAUUUCUUACGUGAAACAAUUACUUUACCUAAUAGAAAUUCUACCACUGAUAUUCAUAACUUAAAAUUUCAAAAUAGUAAGUUAAAUGAUGCUUAUUUAAAUGCUAUUCAAGAGCUUAGCAAAAAUAGUAAUGAGAUUGCAAAUAUAAGUGAAGAAAUUGAAAAAAACGAAGCUGUAAUUAAUGAAAUUUAUUUGAGUGAUAUGAAAAUGAUUGAAGAAUGCGAAAAUAUGAUCAAUCAAUUGAGUGAAAUAGUCAAUGAUAACACUAAGCAAAUGGAUGGGGAUAAAAAUCAGGAAGAUACUAUUAUCGAAGAAUUCUUUCAAUUACAAGAUGAGAUUAAUGUCAAUGAAGAUGUGUUGAAUUUUGAUACAACAGAUACUAAAGUCUCAACUGCUGAAUAUUUUAGUAAGUUGAAUGAAUUUUGGGAAAAAGAUAUUCUACCUAUUGAAUAUGGCUCCAAAGAUAUCUGUAUUAGUAUGAAAGGUAAGUUUAUGUUCUUGAAAAUACAGAAAUAUGAGGUAUAUAUAGAACUGGUGGAUGUAAAAAAUGUUAAUAUUAAACAUAUUAAAAUAUAUGAAUUGAAUAAUGAGAAAGAAAUAGAAGAAGCAAAUCAUCAAGAUAAUGAGGCAGAAGCGGAUCAAAAAAAAUAA